AUGAACCGAUCAAGCAGAUUAGAAGUGAAGAAUACAGUAUAUUAUAAUUAUCAAAUCACUAUUUGUUACAUAUCUUUCACUUUUCAUCACCCUCUCAUUUUAGGGAUCACUUUGUGGGAUAAGAAAACACUAAAUGAGGAUCUGGAUGUACAUCCACAGCCUAAAACAGAUCUGAAACUCUCUGCUUCUGACUCUCUCAGUGACAAGGCUAACCUUCUGGAUGUGAGCGCCUCGCUUAAAGCCAGCUUUAUGGGGGGGUUGGUGGAGGUUGCCGGAUCUGCCAAGUACCUACAUGAUAGCAAAUCUUCAGCAUGUCAGGAGCGGAUCACCAUGCAUUUCAGCCAGACCACAAGGUUUGAGCAACUCACUAUGGCUGAGUUUGGCAAAAUCACCUAUCCACAAGUGUUUGACCAGCAUACAGCCACUCAUGUGGUCACAGCUGUACUAUAUGGAGCUCAGGCCUUUAUGGUGUUUGAUCAUACAGCUGAAGAUAAUGAGGACAAACAGGAAGUUAAAGGAAAUCUUCAUGCUAUGAUCAAGAAAAUACCUUCCUUUUCGAUAGAGGGAGAGGCAGACCUGACGUUAAAUGAGGGUGAAAAGAAGAUGGCUGACAAUAUCAGUGUCUCAUUUUAUGGUGACUACGAACUAGAAAGAAAUCCUACAACAUACAUAGAGGCUCUACAGACUUACAAGGACCUGCCUAAUAUGCUGAGAGAGAGCGGUGCUGUACCGGUAAGAGUGUGGCUGUAUCCCCUCAAACUCUUGAAUAAUAAGGCAGCAAAGUUGGUGAAAGAAAUCAGUGAGAGCCUUGUGUCUAAAACAGAAGUUUUGCUGGAGGAACUAGGAGAAGUAGAGAGAAGAUGCAAUGAUUUGGUCAGAAACAGAAGUGUUGAUGAUUUCCUUGAUAUGAAAGGUCGGCUGCAGAUGUUUCAAGACCUGUUUAGUGCUCACAAGAUUGCAUUCCAGAAGGCUAUCUUCAAAGCCUUACCAGCUAUUCGGGGUGGAACGCAGGAGGAGCUGGCACUGGCUAACAUCCUAAGUGGGCAUUACAGGUCGCCGUUUGCUGCAAACAACUUGAACCAGUGGUUAGACAACAUCACAAAUGAAUUAGACAUACUGAACUCUUAUAUGAGGGGGCUAAGGGACAUCAGAGUUGUGACAUCACUAGGUCGGCUUAAUUCCAUUCUCUUUGAUCCUGACAUAGAUAUAGUGAUAUGCUUGUCUUUCACGUCUCUGAAGUACAAAGACACAUACCUGGACACACUGAAAGAUUUCGUGAAUUCUGAAGCGCUUGUAAACCCAGUGGAAACAAGCACAGCAUACUCUUUCCAAGUAACGGAGCCUUGGUUCACUUCUUUUGACAUUUCCAAUGCCAUGAGACAGAACCUUUCUCUCUUUACAAGUUUUUCAAAGGCCAACAAAAAAGAGGAGAGAACGCGGUUCGUCAUCGCCUCCAUCUCUGACACCACCAAUCCAGGUACCUCCAUCCGACUUUAUGAAAAAGGCAAACUAAUAAAUCCAAAGUUCCAGCCAGUAUCCAAGCCUCCCCUACCAACAGUGGAGAUCCAACGUCAGGCUAUAACCCUGAAGCUUCAAAAAUCCCCAACUGGAGAAACACUGAAGUUCAGAGUAGAAUAUGCGAUGGUAAAGGCAGGUGAAACAAUCAAGGACCAAGACUGGAAGACCAGAGACACUCCGGAUGCAGAGACACCUUUUGUACUGGAUACACUGCAGCCAAGGGACCAAUACUUACUCCGGUACAAAGCUGUCAGUGCUGCAGGAGUGAGUGAAGCCAGUGAAUCUGUCCGUGCAGAAAUUCCUGAGGGGUUUGAAAGUGAGUAA